UAUGCGUAGUCUUGCUUUACCUGUCUUGUGCUUCAUCAGGACGAUAGAAAUGUGGGCUCAAACUGGCUCCCGCUUUUUGGAACGCCACACGAAUUUCCUUGGACCACUACUCGGUCUGCAGAGAUAGAAUCCCGACGCGCGCAGAUGGCCGACGUCCUAAUUUUUGAUGUUCUGCUCAUACGGGGUGGCAUCCGUCAACCGGAUAUGCUUUAUCCACCCACAGACCUACAUUCGCUCCAUAGGCUACUGGAUGUCAUCAAUGGCUCGAGUUACGAUAGCUUGAAGAAGGACUGUCUGGUGUAUAUCCUCUUGAAGUGGUUUCAAGAUGGACGAGAGAUUAACUAUGCUGAGGAGAGGUGUAUACCACCACAGUUUGUGUCCCUUGCAGAUGCAUAUUGGCAUCUGGACACCGGCAUCCAUGUCGAGAAAGCAGUUUCAAUACUGUCAGAUGCCAGACUCAAUAGGGACUAUGCCUCCAAAAUUAUGCAGGCGCUUUCGUUGUCCGAGAAUCCGUUCCCACUUAUCGUGAAAUACGUGCGGACUGCCAAGCCUCCGCUCAUGGAACCUGACGACAUCGAUAUGUAUGCGCUCGCACUGGCUAACUCAAGUCUUUGGGACGCGUGGCAAUUCCAACGCACUUUUCCUGAUUCCUCGGACACGCGUACGCGUCUACUCCACAAGCUCUUAGGGUGGUGUCUUUCGCCCAAACCACGCCCUGGGCCGUUGGCACAGCUCGUGGCAUAUCCUCUAUCCCCUCCGGAACAGUCUCUACUCCAUGCAUAUGCUCUCAAACCCCCGCAUGACAUUCCGGCAGCUUCUGUUGCCAUCGUCCAAGACCUUGUCUGCGUCCGACUCGUCCAAAGUGGAGAAUAUGCAGCAGCCAUCAAACUAGAUCGCCAGUUCUCCGCUGUAGGGUCUGCUGGUAUAGAGGUCGUGAAAGCCGCACGGGAGAGAAAGAAGAUGAUGGAUGACAUCUUGGGGAACAUGACAUAUGUGGAAAGAACGUUGUUGGAGAAAGAGCUUGGCCAGCCAAGUACGUUGCCUUCUGCCCCGGCGCUCCAAGUAGCAAAACCCGCGCCUCCGAAGCCCAGAGCACCUCUAGGUGAUCUCAGCAUGUCAUGGGAGGAGAUUCCAUCCACAAGUUCUCUGAACGGGGCCUCCCCUCGCAGAACGGACAGUCUUACACCCCGGAUCCCCGAAAAACAUACCAAUCUUUCUGGUUCUGGUCGCUUUGAGCCAAAACCGUCACUUGCUGGGCCCGUUCCAGGGAGUUUCUUCUCCUCGCCAUCCCAAAAACCUCCCGCUGCAUCGCCAUUUGCUCAACUUCCACCACGCAAAUCCGUUGCUGCGCCGCCUGUCCCCCUCGUGGGCCCAUCCGGAAUCAAAUUCGCGCAUAGCACUGCCUUAUCAAAGACUACGUUCGCAUCAAACGUGCCGACUUCAUCGCUGUUUGAGAAGACUGGUAGUGCCAAAAAGGCGCCAAAUGCGUUCUACAAGCCACCACCAGCAUCGACUGGAACAAGCCGUGCACUUACUACGGAAGACGUGCCCACACGGCCUCAUUCACGCGGGGGAGAUGAUAUUAGCAUGGAGUCUGAUGACGACAAUGCCUUCAUUAUCCAUGAAGACGGCGACGUUACUACUAUGCCGGAUGAUAUGGAUGAUGAGCCUGAGCUCGGCUUCUCCGUGUUCGGCAACAAGAGUGCAGCCUCACCUGAGCACCGCACUCGUGCUCUUGCAUCGAAGCUGGUGGAAUCCAAGAAACGUGCACCUCCAGGCGCAUUUUACGAUGAAGACGAGGACGAAAGCGAUAUUGGUUCCCCUCACAAAAGCGCUUUUCCGCAACAACGCAGCGCCCGUUGGUCUCAGCCCCGUGCGCGUACUCCCAGUCCUCGACGCAAAACCUCCAGUUCCCAUAAGGAUAAUAUCAAGGGCCCUGUUCUCGCACAGAGCAUACCUGGCUCUUUACUUGACGAUGAUGAGGACCAAGACGAAGAUGAUAUCGCUCCCUUGCCGCCGUCCCGUACGGCUCGUAAAACCCGAAAUGGCGUAUCAACCAAAGUCAAGCCUGCGAAGGAUGAAAAGACGCCUGCGCGCCGGUCGUCCAGGUUGUCAACGGCUUCGUCAUUGGCUUCCGUGUCACCAGAACCGCCAUCGCCUCCUGUGAAGGCAACCAAAACUAGGAAAGGCACACGCACUUCGACGGCAAGCGCCGGUGCGGGGGCCGGUGCAACACGGAGUAGCUCAAGAAGAAAGGCCGUCAAAAGUUGAGAUUGCAGUCAUGUGUUUGAGUGCAGUCGGCUUCGGGCUUGCAGUAUUUCCAUACCCUUCUUAUUGAUCGCUAUGCUCGUCAUGUU